UAUCUCUCUCUGUAUCGCUCUCUCUCUUUCUCUCCUGCGUGUUGUUGUGUGCGGUUGGUGGAUGCAGUGAUUUCGAGCAAUGAAACCCAGAGCUCGGGGCUGUGGUCGGAAAGGGAGCCCCUUCUCUCCUCUCUCGGCCGGUUUGUGUGAUUUUGCUAAAAUGCACCACCAACAGCGAAUGGCUGCCUUAGGGACGGACAAAGAACUCAGUGAUUUACUGGAUUUCAGUGCGAUGUUUUCACCUCCCGUGAGCAGUGGGAAAAAUGGACCAACUUCUUUGGCAAGUGGACAUUUUACUGGCUCAAAUGUAGAAGACAGAACUAGCUCAGGGUCCUGGGGGAACGGAGGACAUCCUAGUCCAUCCAGGAACUAUGGAGAUGGAACUCCUUAUGAACAUAUGACAAACAGGGACCUUGGAUCACAUGACAAUCUAUCUCCUCCUUUUGUGAAUUCCAGAAUACAGAGUAAAUCAGAAAGGGGCUCCUAUUCAUCAUAUGGGCGAGACUCAAACUUACAGGGUUGCCACCAGCAAAGUCUCCUCGGAGGUGACAUGGAAAUGGGCAACCCAGGCGCUCUCUCACCCACCAAACCUGGCUCUCAGUACUAUCAGUAUUCUAGCAAUAACCCGCGAAGAAGGCCUCUGCACAGUACCUCUGUGGAAGUACAAACAAAGAAAGUUCGAAAGGUUCCUCCAGGUUUACCAUCUUCAGUUUAUGCCCCUUCUGCAAGCACUGCCGACUACAAUCGGGAUUCACCAGGCUAUCCAUCCUCAAAACCAGCAGCCAGCACUUUUCCUAGUUCCUUCUUCAUGCAAGACGGUCACCACAGCAGUGAUCCGUGGAGCUCCUCCAGUGGGAUGAAUCAGCCUGGUUAUGGCGGAAUGCUGGGCAAUUCUUCUCAUAUUCCACAGUCCAGUAGCUAUUGCAGUCUUCAUCCUCAUGACCGCUUGAGCUACCCAUCACACUCCUCAGCAGACAUCAAUUCCAGUCUUCCUCCAAUGUCCACUUUCCAUCGCAGUGGCACAACCCAUUACAGUGCUUCUUCCUGCACACCACCCGCAAAUGGGACAGAUAGCAUAAUGGCAAACAGAGGAAGUGGAGCAGCAGGAAGUUCACAGACAGGCGAUGCACUGGGGAAAGCACUUGCAUCUAUCUACUCUCCAGAUCACACCAACAACAGCUUUUCAUCAAAUCCUUCAACUCCUGUUGGUUCUCCCCCUUCUCUCUCAGCAGGCACAGCUGUUUGGUCUAGGAAUGGAGGGCAAGCAUCAUCAUCUCCCAAUUAUGAAGGUCCCUUACACUCUUUGCAAAGCCGAAUUGAAGACCGCUUGGAAAGACUGGAUGAUGCUAUUCAUGUUCUCCGGAAUCAUGCAGUGGGGCCUUCAACUGCCAUGCCCGGUAGUCAUAGCGACAUGCAUGGCUUAAUAGGGCCCUCUCAUAAUGGAGCAAUGGGAGGUCUUGGGUCAGGAUAUGGGACAGGCCUUCUUUCAGCCAAUAGACACUCGCUAAUGGUCGGGGCUCAUCGUGAGGAUGCUGUUGGCCUCCGCGGCAGCCAUCCACUCGUGCCAAAUCAGGUCCCAGUCCCACAGCUGCCAGUACAGUCUGCUACAUCUCCUGACUUAAACCAGCCUCAAGAUCCAUACAGAGGCAUGCCAACUGGCCUUCAAGGACAAAGCGUAUCUUCAGGGAGCUCCGAAAUCAAAUCUGAUGACGAGGGAGACGAAAACCUUCAGGACGCAAAAUCUUCUGAGGACAAGAAGUUAGACGACGACAAGAAGGAUAUCAAAUCAAUUACUAGCAAUAACGAUGAUGAAGAUCUUACACCGGAGCAAAAGGCGGAGCGUGAGAAAGAGAGGAGAAUGGCUAACAAUGCCCGUGAGCGCCUCCGCGUCCGAGACAUCAACGAGGCUUUCAAGGAGCUGGGCCGGAUGGUGCAGCUUCACCUGAAGAGCGACAAGCCCCAGACCAAACUUCUGAUCCUGCAUCAAGCUGUAGCUGUCAUCCUCAGCUUAGAGCAGCAAGUCAGAGAAAGGAAUCUGAAUCCUAAAGCAGCAUGUCUGAAAAGAAGGGAAGAAGAGAAAGUAUCUUCGGACCCCCCUCCCCUUUCUUUGGCAGGACCCCACCCUGGAAUGGGAGACACAUCUAAUCAUAUGGGACAGAUGUAAAAAACAAAAAAAGGUCCAAGUUGCCACAUUUUCUUUACGUAAACCAGAGACCACUUCCUUAACAGCUGUAUUAUCUUAAACCCACAUAAACACUUAACCCCCUUUUUUGUAAUAUAAUAAGACAAGUCUGAGUAGUUACGAAUCACAGACGCAAGAGAUUUCAGCAUUCCCGAUUUCGAAACAAACACAAAAAGAAAAGUGCAACUUGAGGGACGUCUUUUUUCAACAUAUCAUUCAGAAUGUUUCAAGCAGUAUGUUAGGAGCUGUAAAUGCACAGCCAAGAGACUGAAUUGGCAAUCUUCUCCACACUGUGGGACAAUGCAUUUGUGCCUAAACUUCUUUUGGAAAAAAAAAUAUAAUUAAUUUGUAAGUCUGAAAAAAAUAUUUAAUUUAAAAAUUGUAAACUUGCAAUAAUGAAAAGUGUACUUCUGAAGAAAAAAAAUGAACGUUUUCAUUGGUGUACUAGUCAGCUAGUGUUUAUACUUACUGGAUAUUAAAAAGGGAAGCUUUUGCUACCCACAUAUUUACAAAACCAGCAAACGACCUAAUGAAAACUGAAGUGAUGACAUUAGCCAUUCCUUAGGGUAGGAGGAACAGAUGGAUCUUAUAGACCUAUGACACACACACACACACACACACAUAUAUAUAUAUAAAUAUAUAUAUAAAUAUAUAUUAAAAUUAGUGAAUAUGGUAAGCUUUUGUUCAUUUGUUUCAAACUUUUUUGCUCCUGUAAAAAAAA